GUAUAGGUAAUCGGAAAGUAAAAAAUAACCUAUUGACUUGAAUUUUGUUGAGAAAUACAUGGAGCGCGUGAGGAAGGCUUUCUCAUACGCUGAUAAGGAAUCUUCAGGAAGACUCACCAAGCACCAGUAUAAGGUGGCGAUGAUCGCAGCAUUCGGAUACAGACCGGACAGCUUGGAGAUUAAGCACGUCUUUCAACGAUAUUAUCCGUGCGAAGCGAUAACCUUGCAUGACUUUGAGUGUUGCUCGCGAAAAAAAGUGUCGGUGAGCAAAAUGACCCUCACGGAAAUUUGCAUCGCUCAUAUGGACAAGGAUCGUAAGCAGUGACGAGAUGCACGAGCCACUGCAAGGCAAUAUGGGUUCAGUACUCAUUUGUUUCAGUCCAAUGUUACUUGACGGUUGAGGAUUUGCGUACGGCUUGCGAGA